AUGAGCGACGCAGUUGCCAAUGGUGGCGACGCCAUUGCAGUGCAGCAGAUGCAAGACACGUGUGGUCGAGCAAGCCUUUUCCGUUUGCCGCCUGAGCUGAGGCUUGUGAUCUGGAAGUUUCUGCUGCCUGGCCGCAGAGUCUUCAGAGCGAGAAGCUGUGGCGCCCGCCUUGAUCCGCGCCGCACUGACGACCGCCGAUUCGUGUUUGGUUUCGACACCAAAGUCUCGCAGCCCAUCCUCUCUCAGAUAUGCGCGGAAUCUCGACAGUGCCUGCUCGACCAUGGACAGCUCGUGUUCGGGCUGGGGGACGAGGCGGGGCUCUGGUGGGGUCCCCAGGAUGUGCUGCUCUUCACCGGGGAUUGCUGCACCGGCAGGCCCCACUUUCUCGAGUACUUUACAGCUCUCAAUGAGCUGACAAUUGUCUUCAAGCCCGUAACUCUAUUACCUACCACUGCAGGUUUCAUGUGGCACGAUACGGCUCCUGUGGAGUGGGGCACUAUCUCUCAGUUCCUUGAAAUGCCUUGGGACUACAGCUGGGCUACAUUUGGUCGUGAUUGCACCAAUAUGGACGACGCGGUUCUUGAAGUGGCCAGGCUCAGGCGCCUGUGGGUGUCUAUCCGCAGGGUAAGUGACUGGUUCCACUUCGACUUCGACGACACGUUCAAUGAAGACCGUGUCUUGUUCAACUUCUGCACCGACACACCACACACAGGGCUUACCUAUGAGCCUACGCGGGUCACUUCAUUUGACAUGAUCCGAGGCAGAGACUGGGCACUUUGA